GUUGUGAGGAGAAUACUUUUUGUUGAAUGAGCAGUGAAUGGGUCCUCCUCUUGCUAGUGUUUAUAUAAAUAAGAGGAGACCUAGGGUUUAGAGGCCCUCUCUGGUUAACCUGGAGUAAUGGAGACUGAGGUGCUUCACAUGAGCGACCUCGGCGGUUCCCUCCCAGUCAAAAAUGUCCAAGCUCUAGCGUCCAAGGGCCUGAAGGAGGUUCCGCCUCGCUAUCUACGGCCCGCAUCUGAGCUCGGCGAGGUGUGCGAGUCCGAGUCUCUUGAGAUUCCUGUCAUAGACAUGAUCAGGCUCGGUGAGGAUCACCCCCACCACAGAGAGGAAAUCGAGAAGUUCCAUUUGGCUUGCAAGGAAUGGGGCUUCCUCCAGUUGAUAAACCAUGGCAUAUCGGGAGAGAUCAUUCAUCAAGUGAAGACAGAUACCGAGGAGUUCUUUAAGCUGCCAUUAAAAGAGAAGAAGAAUUAUGAGCAGUUACCUAACUCCAUCGAAGGCUAUGGCCAAGCUUUUGUUCUGUCGGAAGACCAGAAGCUUGACUGGAAUGACAUGCUCUUCCUUUUUGCACAACCUGCUUCCCAGAGAAACCUCAGGUUUUGGCCAAAGAACCCUGCCUCUUUCAGAGCAACCCUGGACGGUUACUCUUCACAGUUAGUACGGAUUUCGCUUUUCCUCCUGAGAGCUAUGGCCAAGAACUUGGGACUUUCUCCGGAUGUGUUUGCAAGCAUGUUUGAAGAGGGGAUACAAGGGAUAAGACUGAACUACUAUCCACCGUGCAAGCAAGCAAAUGAGGUCCUGGGUCUGACCCCACACUCUGAUGCCAGCGGACUAACCCUGCUAACUCAAGUGAAUGAUGUAGAUGGAUUGCAAAUCAAGAAGAACGGUAAAUGGCUGCCUAUUAAAACUGUUCCCGAGGCGUUCAUCGUCAACGUAGGCAACGUCAUCGAGAUAAUGAGCAAUGGACAGUACAAGAGCAUAGAGCACAGAGCAGUAGUGAAUCCAGAAAAGGAACGCCUCUCAAUUGCAGCAUUCCACAGUCCAAAUAUAGAAGCUUCAAUUGGCCCAUUUCCAGAUCUUACCGGAAAGAGCGGUGCACUGUACAAAACAACGAAUCAUGAGGAUUACAUGAGGCUGGUUGUCGCGAGCAAACUCGACGGUAAAAGCCUGCUGGACCAGUUCAGACUUAGUGAUGUAUGAAUCGCUUGUAUAUUGAAAGUCGUUUAAAACUUGUUGGUGUGUGUGUACCAAGUUAAUAAAGAAAAGGGACUGUAGGUCUCAAAGAUGUGGAAAGAAACGACAGGUUCUGCAAUGACCACCUUUUGCUUAAGAAUGAUGUAAAGGUUUCCUCAAGCAUUCAGAUAGAAUACGAGGUCUUUUAUGCAUAGUACCAUGAUGUCAAUAUGAAUUAUUCCUUCUCGAAUUUAAACAUUGCAAUGGUUAGAUUCUCCGGAAGCAUGUGAACAGACUGGUAAAUACUGCUCCCUAGUUCCCACGAGCGGUAAUGUUAAGACAGCCCUUUAGAAGCAAAUCACCGGUACCAAGAAACAUGUACUUCUGAAGAAGCUUGCUUGACGACCAUCUGAGCAUUCUAGAUGAUCGGAUGGUUAUUGAAGCAAACCUAGAUCG